AUGGAUGGACUAUUCACAAGAAAGAAGCCUCCUGCUCAAACUCAAAAUGACUCUUCAUCAUCAACAACAACAACACCAACAGCACCAACUGGUCUCUUUCAAAGUCUAACAUUCAAGUCAUCCAAUAACAACAACAAGCAAUCACAACAAACAACAACAACACAACCAUCUACACCUCCUCCUCAACAAGUGGUUGUGACAACCGGUGAUGAACACUCUGACACUGUUGAUUAUCAUUCACUAAAGAAACGACCAAUCAAGAAGAUAAAGAAUGUCAUUACAAGACCUGGACGUGGAACUAGUGAUGAUAAUGAUGAUGAUCAAGAUGAUGGUGGUCAAGAUAUAUCAAUCAAUGGUGAUGAUGAAGAAAUUGAUGUUAUCGUCACUCCACAAACAUCACCUUCUCAAACUGUCACUGAUUCUUCACAUUUGGAUACGCACGUCUCUGAACAAGAUCAUCAUUAUACCUUGGUCGUUGAACAACAACCCUCAACACUCAAUGAUCAUCAUCGUGAACGUGACCCAAACAUUGUCGAUUCCUCCUCACAAGGGUCACCAAUCAGUGCAAACAACAACAACAACAAUGACAUUGACGACAACCAAAAGGAUAAUGACGAGAAUCAGUUAACUGAAACAAUCAAUAGAUACACUGAAAGACAACGUAUAUUCAAAUACUCAAUCGAGUCCAUUAAGGAUAGUUGUCAAAAGAUGUUCUAUGAGAGCAAGUCAAUCAACACCACACUGGAUGACAAUGCUAGACGGAUCAUUGAGUUGGAGGAGGAGCAAGCUAGAGCUGUCGACUCUGACGACUUUGAACUGGCACACACAAUCGAUGGCCAAAUCCAGGAGAUAAGGGACAUAGACACUGAGCUCAAGAAGAAACAAGUGAGCAUGCUGAAUAUGCAGAUGUUGGAUGGCGGCGCUGCGGGCGAAUCACUGGAUACAACGGCACAGCGUUACCGCGAGGAGCUGUCCACGAUUGUCGACAACAUGACUGCGGUGCGUCUGAAGCAUGUGGAGCUGGCACAACAAUACCAGGAGCAGGUUGCCAAUGAUCUCGCCAACCUGGUCGAUGAGAUUGCCGUCAAGGAGGAGAUCGUCAGUCGUGAGCAGAGCCAUGUGGAGCUGGACCAAGAGCUGCUCGACAAGAGUAUUGCGUCACUGGAUGAUACGAUCGCCGUGGCCACUGAGCCCCUCACCAAUGAUCGUCUGGCACUGCAGGAGAAGCGCAAUGAGAAACAAUUGGAGAUUGAACAACUGACAAGACUGCUGGAUGAGAAGCACCGGGAGCAGGCACAGCUUGACUCUGAGAUCAAUGACGUGGACGCCAAGAUUGAGCAGGCUCGUGGAAAGUUCCACAAAGAGUUCAGCAGAAUUGAUAAGAAGAAGGCGGACGUUCAGAAGAAGCUGCGGCACAUAGAGGUGCUCACCGAGGAGUUGGUCGAGAUCAAACAGCAACACGAUACCAAGAAGAAUCCCAAAGAUCAUCAAUCAUUCAAACUCAUACAACAAGUGGACCAAGUGAUUGAUCAGCAUUCCACAUUCGACAACGACAUUACCAACUCAAUAACCAGCAUCACCGUCCAACAAACAGUCCUCAACACAAUCUACAAUGAUGUAUUGGAACAUACCGAAACCAUUGAGUUACUUAAUAAGAAGAUGGACUCAAUCACUUUGAACAUUGAAAGCCUACAAUCUAGUAUUUUGUCAAAGCAAAAGGAUAAUGGAUUGUUGAAGAACUCGAUCAAUGUGAUCAUGGAGACGAUACCUCAGCUUGAACAAUCAAAGAAUCAGGCAAAGGAUGCCAAACAGUUUGUUGAGGCUGGAAAUAUAUUGAACGAAAUCAAGCAGCAACAACAGUUGGUGGUGGAGAAGAAGCAACAGCUGGCAGAGAUGCAGAACGCACUGGAUGUGGACACCACCCUGGUCACAUCACUAAAGGGCGAGUUGGAAUCGAUCCAAGCUCAACGUCAAGAUCACCAAAAAACAAUGUAUCAACAUCUUGUGGCGCAUCUCUCCAAACGACAACAAGAACUUCAAGAAGAGCAACAACGUGUUGGUAACAUCUGGAGCACGUUCAAUCAAGCUGAGCUAGAUUGGCUUGACAAUCAGUUGGUGUUCAUCAGAAAGCAGCAGCAGUUGUGA